UCCGUCUGAGUCGUAUUGAAACGGCAUUUACGUGUGUUUAUCGUUUAUAAAUGCUAACUCAGUUCAUUUCAGCCUGAAGGGACAUAGUGAGUGCUACUGAAAAGACUGCUAUUGUGCCAAAAUUUGAGCUGUUAUUUUUUCGACUUUUUGUAUUCCAUCCAUUCUACAAUGAGUGCUUCCCAAGAACCAAGUUCCUCUACAUCAGAAACACCAUCGCCAAAAGUGUCAACGUCGGAUGAACAACAUACUCUUGCCUCACAUUUAUACGCGUCGGGUGACGAUUCUAACGUGGGAACAACAUUAUUGUUAGACGAAAGUGUUACAGUGCCAUCUAAUGGUUCUGUUGUUACAACGCAGAAGGAAGCCGAAUGUGUUGGCCCUUCGGGAGAUAGUCAUGUGCCUUUCGAUGAUACCGCGAGUGUUAAAUCGGACUGUUCUAGCGUUGCUUCUUCAAAGAGAUCUGCAAUUCCAAAAUAUACAAAAUUCGCCACAAAAAGUGCAACUUCAACAUCUGGUACAUCUGCCUCCUCUUCUAGGAUAUCGAGACCAUGUGCAGGACAUGAAAAGCCAACCUUGCCAGUAACUCCUCCUAAAUUUGGCAGUAUGGACGCACUCUGGGAAACACAUAGCCAUCGUGGUCUAAGCGAAGCCGGCUUAAGCCGACACGCAGAUCACACCGUUUUGACUGAAGAUACGGACAGUUUUAUUAUUGGUCAAAAAGUAUGGGUUGGUGGCACGAAACCUGGUAAAAUAGCUUACAUUGGCGAAACUCAGUUUGCACCAGGAGAAUGGGCUGGAAUUGUUCUUGAUCAAUCUAUCGGCAAGAACGAUGGAUCAGUUGCAGGAGUCAGGUAUUUUCAGUGCGAGCCAAAACACGGUGUGUUUUCUAGGCUUACCAGGCUUACCAGCGUCCCAUUACCUGGUGCUGAUUUAGGAGAUACAUCGUAUACAUUUACACCACCCAGUCCUACCAAUAAUAAUACUAGACGCAGCCCAAUGUCUCCUACGGGGAGUACAAAGGGCCUUUAUAAGUCCCAGCCGUUCAAUGUUUCUUCUGCAAGUUUAUCGUCUCCUUCUCACGUCGAUUUUAAAAUUGGUGACAGAGUCAUAAUUAAAUCCAGUCAAGGUUCUAAAGUAGGUGUAGUUAGGUAUAUGGGUACAACAGAGUUUGCUCCCGGAGAAUGGUGCGGCGUCGAACUUGACGAACCAAGAGGAAAAAAUGACGGAUCGGUGGAGGGCAAAAGAUAUUUUACUUGCCGCCCCUUGUAUGGCUUAUUUGCCCCGUUGUCCAAGGUCAGCAAAUCACCUCUCAAAUAUAAACCUGGAAACUGUGUAAUUCAUUCAUCUACCGGUUUGAAAAAGGCUGGCUCAAGGGAGUCUAUGACCUCAAUGAAUUCUUCAAUGGUUAGUGAGUUUAGUGGAGUAUCUAACAUACGAAGGGUAAGACUGGGUGUUAACUCUCUCAACUCACAAUCACGGCAGAAUACACCAUCUUCAGCUUCCAUGUCAACUAGGACAGCUCUACAGGAUGUUCUAAGAGAAAAGCAACAGCAUAUCGAGCAGCUUCUGAAAGAAAGGGAUUUGGAGAGAGCAGAAGUCAACCGAGCUGCCAGCCAAGCUGAUGAAGUUGAACAAAAAUUGGCCACGUUGCAGUCUGAAUACGAAAAGUAUCGCUCGGAAUGUGAAUUAAAAUGGAAGGAAUUCUCGGGUUUAAUAUCUACUCUUAACGUGGACAAAAAUGAUCUGCAAUCGCAACUUGAAGAAGAGAAACGGAAGAAUGAAGACAUUCUGUUUCGUUUCGAAGAGACAGCUAUAACAAAAGGAGAUAUUGAGAAAAGUGUGUUGGCGCAAACUGUUGAAAAUGAGCGUAAUAAGACAAAAAUUAAAGAGCUGGAAAAUAAACUAAAAACUGAACAUCAAAAAGUAGAAAAUCUGGAAGCAGAUUCUCAAAAACUUUUUGAGACCGAAGAGGCUUUGGUAUCGACGCGUGACGAAUUAGAAAAUUUGAAAAAAGAAAUAGAAAAUCUCAAAUCCGAAAGACUGGAAGAAAAAAAUAAACUUCUAUCGAAAGAUGAUGAGAUCAACAAUCUCAAAAAUUUAUUGGAAGUUGCCAGUCAAGAAACGUAUAAGAUCACGAAAACGCAAGAAGAUGAACUUAACCAAAAAUUAAAAGAGCAAGAAAAUGAAGUUGAGAGACACAAGCGUCAAAUAAAAGAAACGGAAGAUAAUUGUUUGCUACAAACGAACGAAAUAAAAGAACUGAAGGAAGAAUUGAUGCGAACUAAAAAAACCUUGGAGGAAAAAUCCAGUGAACUUGAAAAGGUUACAAUAGAAAGAAACGAACAACAGAAAGAAAUUGAGCAACUUAAGAUGAAACUAAGUUCUGUAUUGUUAGAUGUGGAAAAAAUGAAUGACGAGGUUAAACAAAAUGAGUCUUCCUUUAAAACUUUACAGAGAGAUUACGAUACUUCUGUUAUAAUUCUUAAAGCUAAAGAAGAUGAAAUCGUACGUCAUAAGAAACAUGCCCAAGAAAUGGAAAAAGAUCUUAAAGGAGAAAUAGAAAGACUACGUAAUUCACUUCAGAACACUGCUGCAGAGAAGGAAAAAUCUGAUCAUCAGAAUGAACUUAUGUCUUCUAAAAAAGAUAAGCUUUUGGAAGAAGUAAGUGAGACUCUCGAAAUUAGCAAAAGAGAGGCAGAGACAUUAAAGAACACUCUCGAAGAAUUGAAACAAAAAGCUGAAAAAGAUGAAGAAGAAGCUAAUUCAAGGCACAAACGUGAAAUUGAAGAUAAAAGUGAAGCAAUAGCCACUCUAACGUUUGAGUUACAAAAACAGAAAGAUGAGCUUGUUCAGUCUACAUUUAUUGUUUCAAAAUUGGAAGGCGAACUAAGGAAAAAAGACGAGAUUGUAACAAAACUCCAGUAUGAGUUAGAUACUGUAAAAAAUCAGUAUCAAAUGCAAAUGGAAUCUCAGAGUACUUUUGGGAAUGAAAUUAAAGGGUUGCAAGCAGAAAAUUUGGAUCUUAGACGUAAUGCAGAAAUAAACCAAGAAACAAUAAACAGACUAACGGAAGACAAACGUCGCUUGGAAAGCGAGAUUCAGACUAUUAUAAGUUCUUCCGGUGAGUACAGUGUUAAACUUCAACAAAUAACAAACGAAAUGUUAGAAAAAGAUCGACGUUUGGAAAUGCUAUCUAAUGAGUACAAAGAACGGAUCCAAGAAUACGAAAAUAUUGGCAAUGGUCUUAAAGUGCAAUUACAAGAAGCUCAAGAAGAAUCUGAAAGAAUUAAGCAACAUUUUGAAUUGCAACUACAAAAAGCGCAGGAAUGUGAAUACAAUUUAAGGAAACAAUGGGAUGAAGCCAUGUCGCAAAAUAAAACGGUGACAGAUGGUUUCCUUACCCAGCUUACUGAAGCAAAAUCUGUUCUGAGUGACAAAGAAUUAGCGUUAGGCAGAUAUAUGAAUGAAGCAGAAGAACGAGAAAGGCAGCUUAAAACUCAAUUGGAACAGCUUAAUAAAGAAUUGCGUAAUGUUAUAGAAUCUUGCAAUACAAAGCUUGGGGAAUCCGAGGUGGAAACAGUUAAACUAAAAGGCGAAUUAGGUGCCAAAUCGGAGCAAAUUUCUGAACUUGAAUUAAAAGUUAAAUUAUGCCAACUAGAAGCUGAACAACGAUCAGAGAAUAUGCAAAAGGAUUAUGAAAGCUUACUCAAGAAAAAAGACUUUGAUCUUGAUCAAACAAAAGUAGCAUUGUCGACUUUACAAUCUGAACUUAAACUAGUUAAAAACGAUUGUAAUUCACAUAAUACUGACUUAGAUGAAAAGAAUUCGCAAAUCUCAGCGCUUACAGAAGAAAUAACCCAACUUCGUCACUUAGUAGAAAAACUCCAGAUAGAAAAAGACAAUCUGCUUACUUCAAUUACCGAUUCAAAAGAAAAAUUUGUUAUUAACUCUCAACAAUGUGCAGAUUUAAUGGAACAAGUAACGGAUCUUACAAAAAAAGCAAAUCUGGCAGAUAAACUAUCUGAAGAAUUGAAUUUACAACAAGCUAAACUAAGUCAAUUUGUACGUUUGCUUGAUAUAAGUGAGGAAAGAAAACAAAAAGCUCUUACUGAACUUCAAGCAGCUAUUGAAGCUAACGGUGAAAAUGAAAAAUGCAAGCAUAUUUUAGACAUUGUUAAAAAUUUUCAAGCAACAUCUAUCGACUCUGAUACUAAAAAAAUAAGUAAUCUUCGAAAUUUGCUUGAAGAAGCAAAUCAUCAAUUAAACAUUAAAGGGAAACAAUUAGAGCAACAGCAAAAUGAAAUUACCAAAUUAGAAAACCAACUUUUACAGAUGCAACAGUUAUCACCACCUGGAUCAGUCUCUUCUACCGGACAAACUCUAGUAAGCUUAGUGCCUACAUUACAACCAAAUACUGUUUUUACACCAAACUCGAUUAACGCAGCUCCUAUCUUUAAUACAAAUCCUCGCUAUUAUUCCAAAAUACCAUCUCAGAUACUAGUGCCGCUUGUAACAGCCAAAAAUAUUACCCUAAAAAUUUUCAGUAAUCUUGUAUUCUCCCACAAAAAAACCAACGGUCUCUUAAAUGAAAUCAGAUAUGCCAUUCAAACAAACAAUAUGCCAUUGCUUUUAACUAUAUUGAGAAAUUAUCCAACUAAUUUCUUAAAUGCAGACGAUAAAAAACUGAUUAGCCUUUAUUUGUCCAAAGUAAAUAAAGGCAUGCUAAGUAUAUACGUACAACUGAAACAUCAAAGUAAUGUGAUCCAAUAUCUUUUAACACAUAUCAAGAAUGCAGAAAAUAUGUAUGACAGAUUACCAGUUCAGUGUAAAUUACAUGCUUCUGAUGUCAAUUUGAAUCAACCUGAUAAACUUGCUGAUUUUCUAGAAACAAAGAUUCAGAAACUGAAUGCAAUUAUUAAAGACAAAACUAAUAGAAUACAAGAAUUGCAGGACUUUGCAUUUAAGAUGUAUAAUUCUAGAAUUAAUCCAUAUUCCAUCUGCACGUUUAAAAAACCUCAGGGUGAUUUUUGUGCAAAUGAAAAUUAUAUUUGUGUUCCGAAAACAAAUUGCACUUCACAAGAAAUUUCAGGAACUCAUUUAUACAAAAACGGAAUACCUGAAAAUUCUUCCAAAUUUGAUGAUAGUGGUUCUACUUCUAAUAUCCCAAGAAAAUGUCCACAUGUUAGAACGAUUUACAUAACCGUACCGAAAAUAAUUCCCAAUCACUGUAGUCAUACAACCAAACCAGAAUUGCCUAAAAGACCGUCAUUAUAUUCCAAGCAAAAUCCAUUGCCCAAGAUUAUAUAUAUACCGGUACCGCAAAAACCAAGAGUAGUUAUUAAAGAAGUAGUCGUACCUGUUCCGGUAGGCUCAAAUAAUGAAUCAAUUAAGUAUCAUUUACUUCCUAAAGAAAAAGACAUAGUUGGUAAACCGUCACUACCGCCACCACUGGUUAUUAAUAAAUGUCCUCCAAGUUCACCUUGGAUAUCUCCUAAAGUGGUUGUUAAGAAAAUUUUCAUUCCUGUUCUUCCACGUAAAGACUACACUCAAAACGGUUUACUGCAUAAUUUAGACUAUAAUACUGAUUUCGAUUCGAAUAAAAACAAAUUUUUGGGCGUUACACCAUUUGAUUCAUUUAAACCUAUUACCCCUCAUAUGACCACUUUGCAUGAAAAAAACAAAUGUCCGUUGACUAAAACUGUUUAUAUUCCCAUACCAAAACUAAUUCAUAAACAAUGUUCUACUCUGCGAACUCCUAGGGUUGUAAUUAAAAUUGUCCAAGUACCUUGUUCAAAGGACUCGAAACGACCAAAUCUAUUGAGUUUUAAACAGCAACCAUUCACGAGACCUGUUUUUGUUCCAGUUUUGCAACGGCCAAUUGUUAUAGUAAAAAAAGUUUUCCUAACCUCCCCUCCUGGUGUAAGUACGAACUCGCUUGAUAAUCAGUUACAGUUGACAAAUGCAAAUCAGAUGAAAAAGAACACACCAUAUUUGUCUUUUAUCAGUAAAUAUUUAACACCUACAAGUAACAAAUACCCUACACAGAGAUGCCCCGACGUAAAAACCAUAUUUGUACCAUCUGCGAGUGUAAAGUGUCCUCAAGUUAAGACAGUUUACGUGCCUGUUCCUAAAAACAAUUGCCAAAAAUGUCCUUCUAUACCGACAACAUAUUACCAUCAACCGCAGAUGUUUGAAAAAUAUUCCCUUCCAAAUGUUGCACAUUCUCCUAAAGUCAUUAUUAAAGUAGUUCCAGUUCGAAUGCCACACUCGCUUCAACAUUCAAACCGGCCAAAUCUUAAAGAAUGUAAGCAAUUCACAAAAAAGAUAUACAUUCCUGUCCCUCAGCGGCCAAAAGUAAUUAUAAAAAAGGUUCCAGUUGUCUUACAACCAGGCAUUAAAAUCAACUCUGACCAAAGUCAAUUGGGUUCGAAAACGCUAGAUGUAACAUUAAGACCAAAACCGUUACCUACAAUUGUUAUUAAUAAGAGUCCAUACGGUGAGACACCUAAAAAUUUAAAAAUUCCAACAAGAACAAUAAUCAUUCCAAAACUAGCAAACAAUAGAAUCUCUAAACAAAAAUGUCCUUUUGUGAAGCCGGUCUUUAUUUCCGUUCCCUAUUGUAAAAAAACAGCAAGUGAAGGGUUGAGUAAAAAUAUAAACUUGCCAUAUCGAUAUAUUCAACUACCACCCAGAGUACUAGUUAAAAAGGUUAUGGUUCCCGUGAUUCUUCCCCGCAGGACAGUGUACAGAAACUGUCCCAAAGGGGCUAACUUAUUUAAUUUAAUGCCAGGUUCUAAAAACAAUUCAAAUCUGGGCAUUAUUCCGACAGUUCCUCCACCUAAAUCUACUAUUUCGCACUUAUUGUCCCGUAUAUGUCCCGCAACUAAAACUGUAUAUAUUCCAAUUACAAAGUUUGUUCGCAAUAAAUGUCAGCAGCCUUUACAACCUAAUUUCGAUAUUAAUCAAUCUGAGCUUACCCCACGUUCUCCAAAAGUUAUAAUUAAAGUGGUUCCAAUCCGUGUUCCUGACGUCAGGCAUUGCAUAAAACCUAUACCAAAAACUAAAUGGCGCCCACCUGUGAAAACUAUAUUUGUACCUGUAUCUCAGAGGCCAAUAUUUAUUAUUAAAAAAGUGCCUGUAACGAUUUUACCUGGUUUAAAAGACGCAUUAUUUGGAAAUCAAGCACACCCCAAAUUAGAAAGUAGUAAAAUAAAGCCGAAAAUAUUCGCCCCACCUCCAGUUGUCCUCAAUAAAUAUUCAUACCCCAAGACUGCGUUUCCGAAAUGUCCAACGAAAACCAUUAUUGUGCCAAUGUCACAAUCAAUUAAAAAUAGAUGUCCGAUUCUGAAAUGUCCGAUUUCAAAACCAGUGUAUGUUUUCGUGCCGUCUAGUAAAUUAAAAAGUAAUAAACCAUCUGAAUAUAAUGAUAAGAAUCAGCCUACUGAAUUUAUUCGAAAACCUCCAAAAGUAAUUGUCAAAAAAAUUGCAGUGCCUGUUGUUGUUCCUCGUAAAGUUAUUUAUAAAGAAUGUCAAAAAUUACGGAAUUAUAAAGGAGGUAUAUCUAAUAUAAACGAUAACAUUUACCCUAAAGUAGGUAUUGGCUCCCCAUCUUAUUUGUCGAAACCUACUAAUCCUAACACGCUUUUCUCCAACUCACCUAAUAGGUGCCCUAAGGUCAAAACAGUUUACAUUCCAAUUCAGAGAGUUGUCCAUCAUAAUUGUGCAAUUUCACCGAAAACAAAAUAUUUAACAAAACCUGGUUCUUCUGUGAAACCUAUUCCUGGCAAUAACAAACCCUUCAAAGUUUUGAAUUCUCCCAAAGUAGUUGUUAAAAUAGUUCCAAUCCGAGUUCCUUAUAUCCCUAAGAAUCUACUGAAAAGGAUAGACCGUAGACCGUGUGCAAAAACAAGAACGGUAUUUGUUGCUGUCCCUCAGCGACCAAAUAUUGUUUUUAAAACUCCUGUUGGUACUCAUACUAAAUUUCCAAAUACCGGAUGGCAACCUAAAGUAUCGAUUCCACCUCCAAUUGUUGGUAACAAAUAUUCACCACAUAAAACACCCGUGAAUUCGAUUAUUUCACCUUUACUUAAUUUAGCCAAUGGAAAUGGAAAUGUAUUAAAACAAAAGUGCCCAAGUGUAAAACCUAUCUUUAUACCCGUAUCACAUUGUAAAAAACCAGUGAUGGGUACAUUAACAACAGAUAGGAAGCAUUCUCAAUGUACGCAAAUGCCACCAAGAAUCAUAGUUCGGAAAAUGUUUAUUCCAAUUGUGCCUUUUAGAACAACCCCUAAAAGUUUAAAUGGAGGUUUUAACUUACCGAAUUCGUUUAAACCCAGGAAUGUUCACAUAUCGCAUUCUUUCUUGCCUAAAAAGUGCCCUAAUGUGAAAACUGUAUAUGUUCCAGUUCCGAAAUUGAUUCAAAGUAAAUGUAAAAGUCCAAAUUAUUUAUUUAUGCCGAGAAGUUCACAGCCGUCUCAUUCUAAAUUCCACAUAACAACUGAAAUUCCACCUUCCCCUAAGAUUAUCGUUAAAGUAGUUCCGGUGCGAGUACCAUAUGCGACUCAGAUGAAAGUAAGUCCAAGUUUAGAAGAAUGCAAGCAUAGGCCAAUUGUGAAAACCGUAUUUGUACCGGUUUCUCAAAGACCCAGGGUUAUUGUGAAGGAAGUUCCUGUAGGUUCUUCAUUGGGUUUAUGCCGGGGGUUAAUUGGAAAUCAGCUGGAUUUAAAAAAACAAAGAACGUUUAUGCCACCACCUGUUAUUGUUAACAAAUACCCAUCUUCCAAAUUAAUUAAAUUUCCGAGAAUUCCAACCAAAACAAUUAUUAUACCACAAAAGAAAGUGAAUAAGGAGUGUCCUGUACAGAAAUAUCCUACUAAAAAAGUCAUCUUUGUACCUGUGCCUUUUUGCAAGGGAUUAAAGAGUGGGCCACCUAAACCAGAAUCUGUUAAGAACUAUCCUACUCAAAUUAUUCACCUACCACCUAAAGUACUUGUUAAGAAAGUUCCAAUUUUUGUUACUCUUCCAAGAAAGAUAGUAUACAGAGAAUGCAGUUUGCAAUCUAAGAAAAAUGGAAAGACUGGUCCUAUGAAUAACAAUACACAUCCUUUUGCACCUUUCUUAUCAUAUUUGCCGUUUAAGUCUCGUACACCUUCUGUUCAAAAUCAGAAAUGUUCUGCAGUCAGAACAGUUUACGUUCCGGUUUUGAAAUUCAUUCGCAAUAAAUGCACAUUUACACCGAAGCCCAAUUAUUUCAUAAAACCCAACUUCUCCCAAUCACAUCCAUCCGACAUCCACGGAUUAUCUGGUGUUUCUGAUUCUCCAAAGGUAAUUAUAAAAUUGGUUCCUGUUCGAAUGCCUUUCUCAACUCAAGGAACCGUUCGGCCGAACUUAAUCGAGUGCAAGCACAGGCCAAUUAUAAAAACAGUGUUUGUGCCAGUUUCUCAGCGUCCAAAAAUUAUUGUAAAAAAAGUUCCGAUAGCGGUAACAUCAAAUUCAUGUACUGGAUUAACUAAAAAUCAAUUAUAUCCUAAAGUAAAUCGAAAAGAUCAAUUAAAAAUGUCUGCCCCAUAUUUAAAUGGAAUAAGAGGUAAUUUUUCUCCAAAGAUAUUGAAGUUUUCAAAACUUCCCAUGAAAACCGUUUUUGUACCUAUAAUAAAAUAUAUAAAAAAUAAAUGUCCCGUUCAACAAUGCCCGAUUGGAAAACCAACCUUCUUCUUUCCUAAAACCGAAAAGCAACCUCUUCAUAUUAUUCGAUUACCGCCAAGAGUAAUUAUUAAAAAGAUUGCAGUUCCUGUUAUUCAACCUAACAGGGUAGUUUAUAAAGAGUGUAAAACUCAACUUGCUGUAGAUUCAUUAAAAAAGAAAGAUAAAUACCCAAGUCUACACUUUACUAGACCAAAUUUUAUAUUUAAACCAACCUUUACUGGUACAACGCCUUCGUUAUUUAACAGGUGUCCAGUAACAAAAACAGUUUAUAUUCCAAUACCCAAAGUAAUUCAUGGUAAAUGUACAAAAUCCCCUAAAUUCAUUAUAAAGGUACCUCCUUCGAUUAGAAUACCAUAUUUAAGUCAAGACACAGUUCGUCCAAGCUUAAAGAAAUUCUUUAAUCGGCCAAUAAUAAAACGUAUAUUCGUGCCGGUUCCUCAGAGACCUAAGAUUAUUAUAAAACAAGUUCCUGUGACUUCUUCGACAGGCUUAUGUGUCGGGUUAAAUAAAAAUGCAUUACUUCCUGAUUAUAAUAACGUGAAAAAAAUGAAAACAUCUUUGCCUUUCCAGUUUUUCACUAAUAAAUAUCUAUAUCCUAAAUCAGUUAAGUAUCCGAAAAUUUUGACGCGAACUAUUAUUGUACCAAAAACGAAACUGGUUUUCAGGAAAUGUCCUGUUCCAAAACAAUCGCCCGGAAAACUUAUCUUUGUACCGGUACCGUUCUGUAAAAAUUCAUUCAAAACGCAUAAAAGUAAUGCUUGCUCCGCUCCUCAAAUUAUUCGCCAACCACCCACAGUGAUUGUUAAAAAAGUCCCAGUUUUUAUUACUUCUCCACGAAAGGUAGUCCACAAAGAAUGUAAAUUCCCUUCUAACAAAAAUGCCGAAAAAUCCAUCAUUGAUGACACCACACCAUAUUAUUCUCAUGCGUUACGUUUUCCUCAGACACAAAAAUGCCCUACGACGAAAACCGUUUACGUCCCUGUUACGAAAUUCAUUCGCAAUAAAUGCACGAUCCCAUCAAUUUACAAUCGCCUGAUAAAACCUAUCUUUUCCCAACCUCAUCAUUUAAAUAGGUUAUCUGGCGCUUCUUACACUCCAAAAAUAUUCGUAAAAGUAGUUCCUGUUCGAGUACCUUAUUCGACACAGAGAAUAGUUCGUCCAAAUUUAUUAGAAUGUAAGCACAGACCUGUUACAAGAACCGUAUUUGUGCCAGUCUUUCAACGUCCAAAGAUUAUUGUAAAAAAAGUUCCAGUAUUAUCACGGUCGUGUGAAAGCUCAUCUCCGAUAAUUACUAAUGAGUAUCAACCUUCUAAGGCAUUUCCAAAACUUCCGAUUGGAGUAACCACUCCAAUAAUGAAACAUACAGCUAAUAAAAUUCCUAUUCAAUUUAUACGAUUACCGCCUAAGGUAAUUAUUAAGAAGGUUCCAGUUCCUAUUAUUUAUCCGCCAAAAAUAGUUUAUAAAAAGUGCAAUAUUCCUUCUAACGCGAAUGCAAAACUGAAUAAUGGAAACAAUUAUAACCGUCACAAUGUUCAUUUCGGUCUACCAUUAUUUCCACAUACUCCACAAACAUUGCCAUUGUUAUCGUCAAACAAAUGUCCUUUGACUAAAACAGUAUAUGUUCCAUAUCCAAAAUUAAUUCGAAAUAAAUGUUUUGUAGUACCACAAUCAAAUAAUGCAAUAAGGAAUGGCUCUAUUCACCCACUUCUCAGUGGAAAUUCUAAGCAACGCCCUCCGAAGGUGAUUAUCAAAACUGUUCCUGUUAAAGUACCGUGUUCGACACAGGGAAUAGCUCGACCAAAUUUAUUAGAAUGUAAACACAGACCUCUUACAAGAACCGUAUUUGUGCCAGUCUUUCGACGUCCAAAGAUUAUUGUAAAAAAAGUUCCGGUAUUAUCACAGUCGUGUGAAAACUCAUCUCCGAUAAUUACUAAUGAGUAUCAACCUUCUAAGGCAUUUAAGUUUCCGAAACUUCCGAUUGGAGUAACUACUCCAAUAAUGAAACAUACAGCUAAUAAGAUUCCUGUCCAAUUUAUACGAUUACCGCCUAAGAUAAUUAUUAAAAAGGUUCCAGUUCCUAUUAUUUAUCCGUCAAAAAUAGUCAAUAAAAAGUGCAAUAUUCCUUCUAACACGAAUGCAAAACUGAAUAAUGGAAACAAUUAUAAACAUCACAAUGGACAUUUUGGUCUACCAUUAUUUCCACAUACUCCACAAAAACUGUCAUUGUUAUCGUCAAACAAAUGUCCUUUGACUAAAACAGUAUAUGUUCCAUAUCCAAAAUUAAUUCGUAAUAAAUGUUUUGUAGUACCACAAUCAAAUAAUGCAAUAAGGAAUGGCUCUAUUAAGCCACUUCGUAGUGGAACUUGUGAGCAGCACCCUCCGAAGGUGAUUAUAAAAACAGUUCCUGUUCGAGUACCAUAUUCGUCUCAGAGUAUAGUUCCUCCAAAUUUAUUAGAAUGUAAACACAGACCUCUUACAAGAACCGUAUUUGUGCCAGUCUUUCGACGUCCAAAGAUUAUUGUAAAAAAAGUUCCAGUAGCAUCACAGUCGUGUGAAAACUCAUCUCCGAUAAUUACUAAUGAGUAUCAACCUUCUAAGGCAUUUAAGUUUCCGAAAUUUCCGAUUGGAGCAACUACUCCAAUAAUGAAACAUACAGCUAAUAAGAUUCCUGUUCAAUUUAUACGAUUACCGCCUAAGAUAAUUAUUAAAAAGGUUCCAGUUCCUAUUAUUUAUCCGUCAAAAAUAGUCUAUAAAAAGUGCAAUAUUCCUUCUAACACGAAUGCAAAACUGAAUAAUGGAAACAAUUAUAAACAUCACAAUGGACAUUUUGGUCUACCAUUAUUUCCACAUACUCCACAAAAACUGUCAUUGUUAUCGUCAAACAAAUGUCCUUUGACUAAAACAGUAUAUAUUCCAUAUCCAAAAUUAAUUCGUAAUAAAUGUUUUGUAGUACCACAAUCAAAUAAUGCAAUAAGGAAUGGCUCUAUUCAGCCACUUCGCAGUGGAACUUCUAAGCAACCCCCUCCGAAGGUGAUUAUCAAAACUGUUCCUGUUAAAGUACCGUUUUCGACACAGGGAAUAGCUCGACCAAAUUUAUUAGAAUGUAAACACACACCUGUUACAAGAACCGUAUUUGUGCCAGUCUUUCAACGUCCAAAGGUUAUUGUAAAAAAGGUUCCGGUAUUUUCACGGUCGUGUGAAAACUCAUCUCCGAUAAUUACUAAUGAGUAUCAACCUUCUAAGGCAUUUAAGUUUCCGAAAUUUCCGAUUGGAGCAACUACUCCAAUAAUGAAACAUACAGCUAAUAAGAUUCCUGUUCAAUUUAUACGAUUACCGCCUAAGAUAAUUAUUAAAAAGGUUCCAGUUCCUAUUAUUUAUCCGUCAAAAAUAGUCUAUAAAAAGUGCAAUAUUCCUUCUAACACGAAUGCAAAACUGAAUAAUGGAAACAAUUAUAAACAUCACAAUGGACAUUUUGGUCUACCAUUAUUUUCAUAUAAUCCAACUGCUCCUCACACAUCAUUGUCAAACAAAUGUCCUUCUACUAAAACUGUUUAUGUUCCAUAUCCGAAAUUAAUUCGAAAUAAAUGUAUUGAAAUACCACGGCCAAAUAAUGAUAUAAGAUACGACUUUACUCAACCACUUCGCAAUACUAUUUGUAAGCAACUCCCUCCCAAAGUGGUUAUAAAAACUAUUCCUAUUCGAGUACCCUAUUUAUCUCACUAUCUAAAACACCCAAGUUUACCAGAAUGUAAAAAACGCAUAGUGACUAAAACCGUGUUUGUGCCGGUUCCUCAACGACCAAAAACUAUUUUAAAAGAAAUUCCUGUUUUUAUGAACAAAUUAUACCCCAAACAAAGUCUUAUUUCUAGACCUGUAAACUCUAUGCCAGCACCUAUUAUUCUUAAUAAAUGUUUGUCUAAAGAAAACAUAAAAUCUCCGAAAAUUCCUACUAAAACCAUUAUCCUAACAAUUCCAAAGAUCGAAAGUAGUAAGAGUUUGUCAUCCAAAUGUCCAACAGUUAAGCCAAUCUUAAUUCCCGUACCUUACUGCCAAAGGCUCCAUCAAGCAUCUAAACCAUCUUAUUCGCAAAAUGUGCGACUGCCUCCUAGAUUACUUGUUCAAAAAGUUUAUAUUCCUAUUUUUCCAUCUAAAGAAAAUUGCAUAAAGAUACAUUCGCGACCAACACCUCAAGAAAAUACUGUUAAAGGUUUUCUUAAACCAUUUAAUCAAAUAGCAUCCAUUUUGCCUCAUAAAUUAGAAUCCAUUCACAAUAAAUGUCCAGUGAAAACUGUUUAUAUCCCUGUUUCAAAAUUGAUUCGUAAUAAAUGUGUUAAUUAUCCUCCUAAAUUUUAUACUUCGCCGCCAAACUUUAACUUAUUUAGGCCACAAAAGUCAUUUAGUCCUGCGAAAGUAAUUAUUAAAGUAGUUCCGGUGAGGUUACCAUGUUACCAAAGUUUAAAGUUACCGAAGUUUGUAAAUAGUAAGCAUAGAUCAAAUGCGGGCACUUUGCCUUUGUUUGUUAACCAGCAACCGAAAAUUAUCGUUAAACAUGUCCCGAGAACAAUUUUUGUGCCCAUACAAAAUCAACGAUGCUCCAACGUUAAACCAGUUUUUAUUCACCAUAUCUUGAAAGCCCCCAAAAAAGAGUCGUGUAAAUGUACUACAAGUAACAACCAGCCAGUUAGAGUAAUUCAGCUGCCACCAAAAGUAAUUGUUAAAAAGAUUUCUGUUCCUGUUAUUCUUCCGAGGAAACUAAUAUAUAAAAAAUGUCCCACCUUACCACUUCUUAAUGCGAAAAACUAUCCUGCUGUAGGUUUAACUCCACACCCUUUUUCGUUUAAUGUAAAACCUUCACCUUUCUCUCCUUUGAUUCAGAAUUGUCCUAAAUCUAAAAUCGUGUACAUAUCUGUUCCAAAACUAAUUCACAGAAAAUAUCUAACUUAUCCAAAGAAAAAACACUUUAAGUUACCUUCUUUGAUACCAAAUCUAAAAUUACAAAUACCUUCAUCAAUUUCGCAUUCUCCUCCUAAAGUAGUUAUUAAAUUAAUUCCCGUUCGAGUACCGUACGCAUUUCCAGACUACAAAAGACAAAAUUCAGCAGAGUGCAAGAAAGGUCGACUAACAAAAACCGUGUUUGUUCCAGUACCACAGCGACCAAAAGUUAUCAUAAAACAAGUUCCCAUACUUAUACAUCCUUAUACUAGUAAAAUGUCAGUUGGAAACCAACACCCCAAGAAAGCUAUAGAAUCUCAACCCCCUCCAAUUAUUAUUAAAAAUAUUCGUCCGUCAGCUGGGAUUAAAUUUCCUAAGUUACCAACGAAAGUUAUUAUUGUACCUAAAUUAGUAAAGGAAUAUCUUUGGAAAAAAUGUCCUAGAACAAAACCGAUUUAUAUUUCCGUACCGUUUUGUAAAGAGACAUCAAAACUAUUAAAUAGUAAACCAUUUAACAAUAUUCAAGUACCACCGAGAGUGAUUGUUAAAAAAGUUGCAGUUCCUAUUGUUUUUCCACAAAAAGUAAUAUAUAAAGAAUGUAAUCUUCAACGUGGUAAUAAUGUUAGAGUAGCUUUGAAUGGUAAAAAGCAGCCUGGCGUAUACUUCAUUCCGCAAUUUUCUCAGUAUAAACCUCAGUUUAGUAAAUGCCCUAUUAUUAAAACAGUUUAUAUCCCACUUCCAAAAUUAAUUCGCAGUAAAUGUAUAACUCCGCCUAAUUUAACAAUGCCCAGUUUCUCUCAUUUACGUAUUCCCAAGGUUUAUAAACCACAUGAAAUUCCACAUUCUCCUAAAGUAAUAAUAAAAUUAGUUCCCAUUCGAGUCCCAUCUCCAACACAAAUAAUUAAAACAAAAUGCUUAAAUCAGCCAAAUUUACGAAUCAUGUCACCUAAAGUUGUGAUACAGAGACGUCCUAUUUAUAUUCCCGUUCCAAAAAUAAUUCAUAAAAAAUGUUUUAUGCCGGCGAAAUCGACUGAAAUUCAUCAACCUUUCCCCCAUUUCACCAAUAAUAGACAACAUCCAGUAACAAAAAUUAUAUAUGUACCCAUUCCUCAACGGCCCAGGAUUAUUAUUAAAAAAAUUGUUGUGCCUGUACAGCCUAAAUUAAAUAUAGGGUUAUCUAAAGGUCAGGUACGUCCCCACCAGCAAACUCUAGUUAAUCUACUUAGAAAGCCUAUUCCAUCUAAAAUAAUUAAUAAAUGUCGUUCUGAUAGUAAUGUUAAUCGUCCAAGAAUUAAAUAUGUUCAGUUACCACCUAAAGUGGUUUCCAAAAUAAUUCACAUUCCUGUUGUAUAUCCAUGUAAAAAGGUUCACAAAAAUUAUCAUCCAGUUGUUACUUUUAAGAAUAAACCAGAGAGUGGGAUUUUAAGUUAUAAUGUGAAAAAAGGACCGUUAAAUAAUUUAAAACCUCCAGUUAAGGUUGUCUAUGUUCCUGUUCCAAAAAUAAUUCGAACAAAAUGUCCACAUUGUGAUGUCCAUCCUCACUAUUCACCUAGAGACAAGAAAAUAAACAUUCAAAAACAACCCAAAGUAAUCCCAUUUAGAGUUAAUGUUUUGCCUACCCAGUUAUCUCGAAAUUCUGUUCCAUUAUCGUCACACCCUCUUCAACAUUGUCGGUUUGUGUUGGAAAAACAAAAGGGCCAAAUAGCAUUGCUGAAGAGGUUGUUAAACGGUGAAAUAAAGAAAUCCAAUAAGCAUUGCUCAUGCGAUUCACGACCAUCGUUUAGCAAAAUUCUUUAUCCUUCAAUGCAAAAAGAGAAUCGUUGUACUAGCCCGAAGAUAAUAUAUAAAUUACUUCCAAUAAUUAAGCCAGCAAAGACAGUAAUUAAAGAAGUGAGGUUACCAUUUUCCUCAAAAUGUCCACCACAACCAAUUUUACUUCAUCGAGUCCCGGUUCCACCAGUAGCAGAUGUAAUUGAAAAAGAAAAAAUUGUUCAUUUACCCCCGAAGGUGGUUAUAAAAACCGUUUUUGUACCAAUUGUUAAUGCUUCCAAAUGUCCUCUUCCAAAACUGUUGUUACAGAAAGUUUUUAUUCCCUUACCCAGCAGAAUAAUUAUUAAGGAAGUUCCAGUUCAUCAUCCACCACGAAUAGUAAUUAAAGAGGUUCCUGUUAUUAAACCUUUGCCACUCUCACAACCAAGUGUCAAUCUUUAUUCUAAAGGUAGCGUUUCGAAACCAAAAAUUGUUUAUAAGAAAAUUCCAAUUUUGCAACCACCACGAACGAUUAUCAAGGAAGUUCCCAUUACAUUACCCCCUCGAAUUGUUUAUAGGCCGAUAGUUCGAUCCCGUAAAAAGUGCAAUAGUACUGUUUCAAAAUUCAGUCAUUUCGGUUCCAUACUUAGUCACAUUAGUCGAAUAGAAAGUUCUUUAGAGUUACACAAGCGAAUAAUAGAGUAUCAAAAAACAGAAAUCUCGAAUCUUGAACUGGAGAUAGUAAAAUUACUGAAAGAUAUCAUUUCUUGCUCUAGUUACGCUACAGAAUCAACAGAAAAGAGCCUUACUAAUUAUUAUACGACCAGAAGUGGCAUUAUUUAUAAACCUCACCGUCCUUUAAUGACUAGGGAUGAAUGUAUUAAAAAAUUACAUAAAAACGAGAAUAUAGUUUUACAUCUUAGGAAAAAAUUAAAGGAUGCUAAAAAAGGAACAAUUGCGAAUUUCUUAAUCAAUCAUCGUUUAUUGCCAAAUUAUAAAAGAAUUAAUGAAAAUAAACUGUCUGAUUUUAAAUUUGAUUCGGCUCCUUUAAGGAAUAUUUUGCCUACUUUAAAGCUAGGAUUUGGCACUAGUAAAAGAACACAUCCUUCCUUGUUUCUGCAUGGUUUUGCAACCACCCCAAGAGUAAACAAUCAAAAUAGCCAUUCUCGUUCGUCACUUGCAUGCGUUCCUAAGGAAUCUCUUAAUGAAAUCUACACUGCCUACACACAUAUACAGACAGCUCUAACACACUGCAUGAAUUCUGCAUUAAUAACUAAUUUUAAGCAGAAUGGAAGCAGUGGUCGAUACGGAAAUGAUGAUAGAGAUCAAUUGAUAGAAGAAAAGAAAUUAGCCGAAAGUCAGAUAGAUUUCCUUAAUUCUAUUAUUGUUGAUAUGCAAAAGAAAAAUGCUGAGCAGAAAGCUAAAAUAGAAAUACUAGAAACCGGUUACAGUCCUGCAGCAGCAGAUGAAUUAAAUUUAAUGGGACUACCCCAACAUAAAAGGCCUCCUCGAGCUUAUUGUGAUAUAUGUGAAGAGUUUGAUUUGCAUGAAACAGAAGAUUGCCCUCUUCAAGCAACAGAAAAUCAUCCAAGCAUUGAUAGAAAAAUAUCUCCUCGGAAAGCACCACCACCUCCCAGACCUUACUGUGAAAUUUGCGAAAUUUUUGGACAUUGCACUGAAGAUUGCAAAGACGACCAGACAUACUGAUUAAGUACAGCAUUGUUAGAAAAAAAUUAUACACUUGGCAAGUGUUUAUAUAUUCGAAAUUAACAGUUUUGUAAAAAAUAUUGUACGUGAUAUUAUAAGUUAAAUUUAUUGUGAUUUAGUUUUACCGUAAGCAGUUAUAUAAAUAAAGUAUAUAUUUUUCAUAA